AUGCCCCCGCUGCCCUCGACUGCUCUGGCGUUCCUUCGAGCUCGAUGCCCGCACCGCGAGUUCGCCGUCGACUCGCGGUUGCCGCAGCUCACGCUGCCGCUGGUGACGGAUGCACCCUUCGCCGCCAGCCACGCAGCCCCGCGGGCUAUAGCCGAGUUGCUCGGGUUCGGAAUUGCCUCAGCACACACUUCACCACUCCGGCAGUAG